AAUUGGGUAAAACUAUAAACUAACUGAUUAAUGCGAUAAAUAAAGAUAUGAAGCAUCGUUUUUUAUGACUUCGUGUUACUGGCCAAGAAGACGGGUGCCCAUUUGUUUGUUUUGUGUGCCUGUAUAUUUGUAUUUGUCUUCGUACUGGAGCUACCAGGACAUCAUAAUGUUCGAGUGCUUUCAAGAGAUCGCCUUCGAGGCCGAGGUGAACACGGAAGAAAACCCCGAACUGCUGGAGAUGGCUCGGGAGCUCUGCAACGAGAACCCAGCUACCAGGGCGACAGCGAUUACGGAGCUACGACAGAUGAUAUUCAGUCGCGGAGAGUGUCGCCCUCUGAGGACCGACGAUGAGUACCUGCUGCGGUACCUCCGAGCGAGGAACUUUGUUGUACCCAGAGCGCAUAAACUGCUAGUCCGUUAUUGCACUUUCCGCGAACAACAAAGGUCCUUGUAUGAAGGCGUAGACCUAUGGGGCUUGGUGAAGGUGCAAGACGCAUACGAAGGCUCCAUGUUCGACAGGCCUGAUGUCGGAAGACUCUCUAUAUUUCGAUUUGGUAUGUGGGACCCAAACGAGUUCCCGGUGGAGGACUUGGUUAGGGCCGGCAUGGCGAUGGUUGAGAUUGGGAUACGACAACCCAAGCUUCAAGUUCUCGGAGGGACGGUUAUUGUCGAUCUAGAAGGCAUUACACUGCGGCACGUGGCGACCUUGACGCCUACGGUUGCGUACCAGAUUGUCUCUUUAAUGGGGCUCGCGAACCCGACUCGAGUGAAAGGAGCACACUUGAUCAAUUACUCAUGGAUAUUGAACACGUUUUUUUACUUAUUCAAGAAAUUCAUACCGCGUCGCGCCUGGGACACGAUAUACUUCCACGGAAACGAUCUGAAGUCUUUACAGCAACAUAUACCCGUGGAGUGUCUGCCGGCGAGAUAUGGAGGCUCGUGCAGGAGCCACUGCUCGUUUGCCGUGUGGCUGAACAAAAUCAAGAAAUACCGCGACGAUAAAUUCGACAGAGAGAUGAAAGAAUUAGGUUAUGUCAUUAAAGAAUAACUAUAGUUGGCUAUUAAUUAUUUACUUGUCUCCCAUUAUGAGCUCCUGGUACCUCAAUUGUAAUUAUGAUUAAAAUUUAAAUUAAAAUUUAAUUUAAUUAUAUUAAAUAAUAAAUAGAAUUGGUGUAAUAUUUUCUAUAUACAGUUAAACAAAAGAAAAACAAUGUUGCUCUUUAUUCACAAAUGACACACAAUUUGAGCAUACGUACAUCUAUCUAUAUAAUAAUACGUGAAGCAAAAACUUUCUAUCCCUUUAUACGAAAAUAGCGCGGACGGAGGAGUAUGAAAUUUUCCACACUUAUAGAGAAUAUAAAGAAGAAGUGCACAAUGCUAAUAUUUUUUUUAAAUAAUGCAUAAAAGAUACGUUAAAUCAAUAAAGAAAACAUUACACACACUACAUACCAUGUAUUUGACGCACACACGCAUGUAUACUAUUUAUUGUCAAACUUUUGUUCUUGACGUCUGUGGUCAAAUUGAGAAUAGAUUAAAUAUUGUUUGUCUUUAUUAAUAUUUUUUUAUAGUGUAGCCUUUGCGAAAUUUGUGAUUAUAGAAGUAUAAAAUACAAUCAUAAUAUGGUACAAACUUACAAUUCCAAUUAAGUAUAGUCGAAUUUCGACUACUGUGGGACCUUUAGUAUGUAUUAUUGAUAGUAGAUCAUUUUAAGCUAUUGUUUAAGUACGAAACCAUACACUGUGUUCCUACUAGAACAAUAAUUUUGAUCUUUUUAAAUGUAAUUUUAAUUAAAAGCCAUAACCAACUAAUUCGGGCUGUAAUAUAAACUGAUUUUACGGGUAAAUCACACCAUUAUUACUUUUGAUUGACGAAUCGCUCGUGACCAAGAAAACUGUAGUUAGUAUUUCAAACGUCUGAAACAAUAAAAUGAAAAUAAUUAUCGCGAAAUUUAAUAGCAGACGUUGAUUUAAUUAUUUUUAAUGCACUGUUAUAUAAUAUACUGUUAUUAUUUUAUACCAUUAUUACUAUAAUAAUAUGAUAAAGCUAUUAACUGUUCAAGCAUUUUUGAGAUUCGUUGACCCCUGACAAAAUUAGUAUUUAAUAAACUAAAAAUAAGUUUUAUUCUUUAAUGUCUACUUGGUUCUUCGUUUCAAAUUUAUCGAUUAAGGAUUGAAACAGAAAGGUGUCACAUGAAUCCUUUUGAUUUUGUAACGUUACUAAGACUAUAGCGCCAUCUAUCGUAGAAAAAAAGAAAUCGGCUGUUGACCGUAGUAGUUAGUUGAUGUAGAAAUAAGCACAUAUAUUUCUCUAAACAAUUUAUAAAAUAAUAUAUUAUUUAGUUUUAAAACUAAAAAAACUCACGCUUAGGUAUCAAACGGAACUAACAAUUUAUUUCACCUUUUUUUUUUAAAUCCGGUUGUUACCGCUCAGGACAUGAGAGCGAAGUUAUAAAAUUAUUGUAAUAUAAUCGAUCCUUGAUGCGUAUGGAAAUACGCAUCAAGGAAUACGUUCAAAUACUUGGUUACACAAAACAUACAUAUCAAGCUAAAAAACAAAAGAUAUAUUUUAAAAAGUAGGUACCUAUAAUUACAUGAUAAUAUCUAUUUUGUUCAUUAAAACAAAAUUCUAUUUUUAUAAUUUCUAAAGUUUUACAGACUUAGCCUGGAUCUACAGACGGUAAUAUAACGUCAACCUAGCGCUCUCGGGACGCGUAACUUUAUGAUAUAUAUAAGUACUGUGAUUUUGUCUACAUAUAAAUAAUAUACAUUAGAUAUAUAGGUACGUGAUUAUUCUAAAUGUCUACGAAUUAUUUUGGAACUCAAUAAAGCUAUAUUUGGUAACAUGUUAAA